AUGGCCUCCCCUAGCGUUCUCACCUUUGACGCUGAGGGUAGGGCAGUGGACUUUGAGGUCUGGGUAGAUGAUCUGCAGCUUUUCCUGCAGUGCGAUAGGGCAGACGGCCUCUCCCUGUUUGACCUCACUUCUGGUGCCUCCCCUGCCCCUCCUGCUGAUGCUGACGCCACUGUUCGCUCAAAGUGGGCCACGCGCAAUGCUGCUGCUCGCCUUGCUGUGCGCCGCCACUUACCGACCACUGAGCGUGCACACUUUAGCCAGUACAAGAGUGCUCAGACCUUGUACGACGCUUUAGUUGCACGCUACUCUUCCCCUGCCACUGCUGCACUGAGCCGCCUCAUGCUACCGUACCUCUUCAUUGACCUUGCUUCCUUUCCCACAGUCGCUGACCUCAUUACGCACCUCCGCACUAGUGACACUCGCUACUGUGCUGCGCUUCUUGCUGAGGACCACUUCCUCUCAGUUUGCCCCACCACUCUCACCGUUGACCUCCUCGAGAAGGCCCUCCUAGCAAUAGAGAAGAGCAUAGUCGCUGUAGGAGCCUCUCGUGUUGACCCUCGCACCCCCGUCUUUGAGGGGUGUUCUCCCUCCCCCCUCUUGCCCUGUGUUGCCUCUACUGCUGCGGCCGACCUCGUUGGUUUCGAGUCGUUCAGCGCUGCGUCUGCCCCGAGUGGGAGACGCAGCACCGGCAAGGGCAAGGGGGGCAAGGGCGCUGGAGGGGCUGGAGGGGGCGGUGGAGGUGGUAGUGGAGGCAGUGGAGGGACUGGGGGUGGUGGUGGGAGUGGUGCUGGGGGUGGUGGCGGCGGCGGCAGCAGUGGAGGCGGCAGAGGCGGUGGAGGUGGCGCAGGGAGCGGAGGCGGCGGAGGUGGCAGUGGUGGAGCGAGUCGCGACUUUGCACAGAAGAGUGGCGCCGGUGGUGGUCAGCGCCAGCAGCAACAGCGGAGUGGUGUGACUCUGUCCCCUCAGCAGCUUCUGCGGGGGCCCGCACUCCACCCAACGCUGCUUUGGUGGCCUGACGGCGCGUGGCAUCGCCGGUUUGCUGAGGCGUCAGAGAUCCCUCGCUGGGGAGAUCUGGCUAAGGCCGGGGUUGCUAUCUUUGAUCUUGACUUUGAUGCUAUCCUUGCUGCCAUGUAUGCUGUUGAUACUAGUGUUGCUGGGGACUGUUACCUGUGUGUACCGCCUGACCCGGGCAUUGAGGCUGCUGCUCUAGGUGCUGGUGAGGCUGCUGCUCUAGGUACUAGUGCGUCUGCUGCCACAGGCGCCAGUGCGUCUGCCGCCCCUGGUGCUGGUGAGUCUGCUCUCUCAGGUACUACGUCGGCUCUGGCCUUCCACACCUUCACCUUGGACGCGGGUGCGUCCCGCUCCUUCUUUCGAGACCGCACCACUCUUACGCCGCUCAGUCGGCCAGUUUCACUCUCCCUGGUAGACCCCUCUGGGGGUCCUGUCCUUGCUAGCUUCUUCACUGUCCUUCUGUGCCCAGCAGCCCCCUCUGGUACCCUGUCUGGUCUCUACCUCCCCUCGUUCUCUACGAACUUGGUGAGUGGAGCGGACCUACAGGAUAGGGGGGUUGACCAGUUCACUCCUGCGAGUCAGCGAGUGACCCACUGCACGUGUGCUCGGACAGACCGAAACUUGGCCACGUUCACCCGUCGGCCGGGGUCGAGCCUGUACACCCUUACUACUAAGUCUCCUCCUACUGCUGAGUUUGCCCAGGUAGCUGCGUCAAGUCAAGGGUUUGCUGCGGCGUUCAGGUCCGGUCUUGAGUCUUCCCCCUGCUCGUGUCGUCUGCUGUCCCAACAGACUCUCCUUUGGCACCACCACCUUGGCCACCCCUCCUUGCCUCGUCUCCGAGGCAUGGCCUCCCGUGUCCUUGUCUCUGGUCUCCCUCGGGCUCUCCCUCCCCUUCCUCUGGGGCCUGGCCCUAACUGCGUCCCCUGCGUCGAGGGGCAACAGCGCGCCGCCCCUCACUCCACCGAGUUUCCUCCGACAGAGGCUCCGCUGCAGACUCUUCACAUGGACGUGUGGGGUCCAGCCUGCGUAAGUGGGCAGGGGCGAGAGCGGUACUUUCUGCUGGUCGUUGACGACUACUCGCGCCACACCACAGUCUUCCCCUUGCGCAGCAAGGGUGACGUCACUGAGACCUUCACGCUUCCGGCCUCUCCACAACAAAAUGGGAUUGCCGAGCGCCGCAUUGGCAUGGUCAUGGACGUCGCUCGUACGUCCAUGAUGCAUGCGGCUGCCCCCCAUUUUCUGUGGCCGUUUGCGGUUCAGUACGCCGCGCAUCAGCUCAACCUUCAGCCCCGGGUCUCCUUGCCAGAGACCUCCCCCGCCUUGCGGUGCACCGGGAAGGUUGGCGAUGCGUCUGUGUUUCGGGUCUGGGGAUCUCGGGCGUUUGUCCGCGACUUGUCUGCGGACAAGCUGUCCCCCCGUGUUGUUCCCUGCGUCUUCCUUGGCUUCCCCCCUGACGCGCCUGGGUGGCAGUUUUACCACCCCACCUCGCGCCGGGUUCUGUCCUCCCAGGACGUCACCUUUGACGAGUCGGUGCCUUACUACCGUCUCUUCCCCUACCGCACUGCUCACCUCCCCUUGCCGCCGCUCUUCCUUGCCCCAGGUGCUACCCUGGUAGACCCCCUUCCCCCUCAGGGUCCUGCCCCGUCAGGUGUGUCCCUAGUAGACGCUGUCGAGCCUAUCGAGGUAGCUGUUGACCCUGGUGCUGCUAGAGGUGUUGAGCUUGCGGGUACCGGGUCUGGGGGUGCUGAGUCCGGGGGUGCUGAGACUGGGGGUGCUGAGCCUGGGGGUGCUGAGACUCGGGGUGAUGAGCCUGGGGGUGCUGAGUCAGGGGGUGCUGAGCCUGGGGGUGCUCGCGCUAGUGGUUCUACUGGUGGUGAUGCGUCAGGGGGUGCUGCUGAGGCUGCUGGUGCUGACGGUCCUCCUGGAGUUGGUGCUGCUAGAGCUGGAGCUGCUGGGGGUGUUGGCGCUGGCGGUGCUGCUGGCGCUGGUGCUCCUGAGGCGUCGUGA